CCCCCGGCCUCUGCAUCUGGGAGAUGCAUACGGCCACUUUAUUUAUUAUUCUCGAUAACCAUACAAAGUAUUACAACAAUGUGUCUGAAUCCACCAUCUAGGGACUCCCACCAAACGGACGCGGGCAGACAGGAUGGGGUCGCGGGUUGGAGUUGGCCUAAGCCUUGCCACGGCGAUAUUGCAGAUUGUUUCCAGCGAGCGAGGAGAGAGCAGGUGACAAUAUUGAGAGGAUGCUUGGCAUCAAGGACUCGACAAGCUUUUGUGGGAGUUGAUUGAGGCGAGACACCUGGGUAGGUCUAGGGAUUGAGGUGGUUUGUUUGAUACUCCUUGGCUGUUCCUCUUUUUCCUUUGCCUUUUUAUUUCAGGAAAUGACUUUAUUCAUUAGAAAAUGGCAAUGACGUUUACAAGCAUACAUGAAUCAAACUAUUUUUCCUGGUGGGGCUGGGGUUUCUCCAUGGCACGAUAGUUAAUUUGAGAGUUGGUCUGGCUGUCGCUGGUCUGGUGCAUGCCUUCGUUGUUUGGUGGUCUGCCUCCUGCCUUUGGUGGUGUGGUUGAAGAAUUGUCAGAGUUAUGGUUCUCAUCUUGCGUGCAGUAUUUAGCUGAGUUUCUGUUGACACAUUACAUUACUUCAGUUAUGAUGGGCAAUCUUGAGUUCCUGAAAAUGGUGGCAUGUGUUCUUGCUUUCUUUAGCCAUCUCUAUUGCUUUGACAGGUUGCUGAAAUACGAGUGGAUAAAAGUUGCAUGUAGCGAAGAAGCAUUAUUCCAUUGUAACCCUCAGAUUUUAACUAUGUUUGCCUCUAGGUUGUUCGAAUGCCUGGGAGUGGUGGGUUGCCUUGUCUCCUCUGAUCCUGUUGUUGUUGCUGUCCGUUGCUUUGUCGUCUGCUGCACUGUUGGCUUGCUGGCUGCUCGUCUUGCUGUCAAGUUUGUACAACCUCCAGAGCUACUGCUCCACUGCUCUAUUGGUCAAGUUAUCUGUGAUGUGGACAUUGGUGCCAACCCUUCUCCUGAGUUGGUGAUGACGAUGAGGGUGUCGAUGACCAGACCGUGAAGGUGGUUGACAUUGUUGACACCUUCCAUCUUCAGGAGCAGCCUGCUUUUGACAAGAGACAGUUUGUCACUUGCAUGAAGUGCUACAUCAAGAACCUCACUGACAAGUCUGAAAGGGAGGAGCUAAAUGAUUUAAGAACAUUGAGUCUACCAUAAAGUUUCUUCUUAGCAAGCUCAAGGACCUUCAGUAAUAAAUUCUCUGUUUGCCUUGGUGCUCAUUGGUAUCUGACGAGACACCUUAGUACUUCGUUCUUCCUUUGGUAUUCCAGAUGCUGCUUUGUAGCGAGAGCAUGCAUGAUGAUGGCAGCUUGGGGUUCGCCUACUACAAGGAAGGAGCUGCUGAGCUAACUUUUCUGUACUUUGUGAGAUUCUGGAAGAAGAGAGCUCAUUCAUAUUAUAUUUCCUUACUUGUCAUCAAAUCAGUGUGUGUCAAACUGAAGUAUUUGUGGUUUAUAUAAUUUUGUAGUUACAAAUGUGCAUCUGAAUUUAUCAUUGCCAUAGUGUGUGCAGUUCUGAGAAAGAAAAGAAAAGGAAUAAG